AUCAUUUUCACAUUACUUUCUCUCUCUCUCUCUCUAUCUUUUUUUAUCUCUCUCUACAAGAUCGAAGAAGAAGAUGAUGAAUUCAGAUACGCAACCCGGAACGGCGUCGUACUGGUGCUACAGCUGCACCCGCUUCAUUAACCUUUCAGAUCACACCAUCAUCGUAUGCCCUCACUGCGAAGGCGGUUUCGUUGAAGAGAUCCAAGCCGGUGAAUCGCCGCACCACCGUCUCAGUCCUUUCUCCGACGACACCAUCUCUUCAAGGAGGCAAGGGUUCCGCCGCAGACGCCGCGACGCUGGAAGUCGUUCCCCUUUCAACCCUGUCAUCGUCCUUCGUGGAACCGGCGACGAUGGCCCCGAUCAAGACGGCGGUAGCGCCUUCGAACUUUUUUACGACGACGGCGACGGUUCAGGUCUCCGCCCUCUGCCGCCGACAGUUUCAGAGUUUUUGCUUGGAUCUGGUUUCGAUCGGUUGCUUGAGCAGUUUUCGCAGAUCGAAAUGAACGGUUUUGGACGGCCGGAGAAUCCGCCGGCUUCAAAGGCGGCAAUCGAGUCGAUGCCGACGGUUGAGAUCUGUGAGGCGCAAGUUAGUUGCGAAAUGCACUGUGCAGUUUGCAAAGAAGCGUUUGAACUGGGCGUGGAAGCGCGUGAACUACCCUGCAAGCAUAUUUACCAUUCCGAUUGCAUUCUUCCAUGGUUAACGGUGCGGAACUCGUGCCCUGUGUGCCGCCACGAGCUUCCUUCCGAUAUUAACCCUAUGGAAACUAGGGUUUCUGGUCAAAUCGACGAAGAAUCGAUAGGGUUAACGAUAUGGAGGUUGCCUGGUGGUGGAUUCGCCGUCGGUAGAUUUUCCGGUGGACGGAGUGCGGGGGAGAGUCAUUUUCCGGUUGUGUACACGGAGAUGGAUGGCGGUCUUAACGCAAACGGAGCUCCGAGAAGAAUUUCUCGAACGAUUAGAAGCAAUAGGGUUAGGGAAAGUCGUGGAUUUGGAAGAGCUUUUCGUAAUUUCUUCUCAUUCUUUGGAAGAAUCGGUUCUAGGUCUGGUUCUCCUUCGUCCUCUCUAUCAACUUCGUAUUCUGGUUCUGAGAAUGUUUCUGUGAGUAGAAGCCGUAGCUUAGUGAAUUCAAUGUUCAAUAGAAAUUCAAGGAGACGUAGGAGGACUUUGGUUCUGGAAGAUUGAUUAUGUAAUGGAAUUGACAUGCAAUUUUGCAAAAAAAAAAAAUACAAUUUUUUUGUUUUUUACUUUGGGUUUUAGAGAUUCAUAUUGUAAAUAGCAUGUAAUUAGCAACUAUAGAAGCAAGUUUAGUUUUCACAUCUCUGUGGGGACUCUUUUGGUUUGAUUUAAAUUCAAAUUCAAUAGAAGCUAUGCUUUUUUGUUUGUUGGUCACUGAAAGCUGCAAUUUUGAAACUCGAGAACUGAGAAAGGUUGUUACUUCUGCAUUUUCUGGUUGGCACCAGCUGUGGUAGUUGACUGGACAUACAUUAGGGGAAAAGAAGAAUAAUGCUUUUCUUUCCCGUGAACUUAAUUAUUUGAUUUGUUUAUAUAAUUAUACCAUGUUAGUCACAUGUUAUUAUUUCUGA